AUGGCAACAGCCGCGGAGCAGUGGGUGCUGGUGGAGAUGGUUCAGGCGCUGUACGAGGCUCCCGCUUACCAUCUUAUCUUGGAAGGAAUUCUGAUACUCUGGAUAAUCAGACUUCUUUUCUCUAAAACUUACAAACUGCAAGAACGAUCUGAUCUUACAGUCAAGGAAAAGGAAGAAUUGAUUGAAGAGUGGCAACCAGAACCUCUUGUUCCUCCUAUAUCGAAAGACCAUCCUGCUCUCAACUACAACAUCAUAUCAGGGUAA